AGUGGAGGCACACGUUCCUUUUCCCCGGCCUCAACUCCAUUCUUCAGGUCUGGGUUGUGCUCUGCUGCCUCAAUCAUGGCCCCCAAAAAGAACAAGACAGCCAAGAAGAAUAAAGGAGACAUCAAUGAGAUGACAAUUAUGGUUGAGGACAGUCCUGUCAACAAGAUCAACGGGCUAAACACACUUUUGGAGGGCGCCAAUGGCUUCAGCUGCAUUUCAACUGAGGUUACCGAUUCUGCAUAUGCCCCCAACCUCCUGGAAGGUCUGAGUACCAUGAGGCAUGAUAGUUUCCUCUGUGAUUUAACAGUUGCUACCAAGUCAAAGUCCUUUGACGUUCACAAAGUUGUUAUGGCUUCAUGCAGCGAAUACAUACGCAACAUCCUGAAAAAGGAUUCAAUGCUGCAAAAGAUUGAGUUGAAUGACCUCUCACCUGUGGGCCUUGCCACAAGCAUUACAUACGCAUACUCUGGAAAGCUCACCCUGUCACUCUAUAGCAUCGGCAGCACCAUUGCGGCGGCUAUGCUCCUGCAGAUCGGCACCCUAGUGAAGAUGUGCAGUGAAUUCCUCAUGCAGGAACUCAGUGUUGAGAACUGCAUGUACGUGGCCAACAUUGCAGAUGCCUACGAUUUAAAAGAAACCAAGGAGGCGGCGCAGAAGUACAUGCGGGACAACUUUAUUGAGUUCUCCGAGAUGGAGCAGUUCCGGAAGCUCACCUAUGAGCAGAUCAGCGACUUCCUCUCGGAUGAUUCGCUACAGCUUCCCUCUGAAGUCACAGCCUUCCAGAUUGCCAUGAAAUGGUUGGACUUUGAUGAGAAGCGGUUUAAGUAUGCUGCAGAUCUUUUAACUCACAUCCGCUUCGGCACUAUCUCUGCCCAAGACCUGGUGAAUCACAUCCAGAGCGUGCCAAGAAUGAUGCAAGACCACGAGUGCCACCGUCUCCUAGUGGAUGCCAUGAACUACCACCUGCUGCCGUACCAACAGAAUAUCCUUCAGUCGCGUAGAACAAAGGUACGCGGUGGCCUCAGGGUGAUACUCACAGUUGGAGGACGCCCUGCCUUGACAGAGAAAUCUCUCAGCAAGGACGUCCUAUACAGGGACAUCGACAACGUGUGGAAUCGGUUGACAGAAAUGCCAGCAAAGAGUUUCAAUCAGUGCGUGGCAGUGAUGGAUGGCUUCCUGUAUGUAGCGGGAGGUGAGGAUCAGAACGAUGCAAGGAACCAGGCCAAGCAUGCUGUCAGUAACUUCUGCAGGUAUGACCCCCGCUUCAACACCUGGAUUCAUCUGAGCAACAUGAUCCAACGGCGCACACACUUCAGUCUUAGCACUUUCAGUGGGCUUUUGUUUGCUGUUGGCGGGCGUAAUGCUGAUGGUGUUCAGGCAUCGAUGGAGUGCUAUGUCCCAUCUUCCAACCAGUGGCAGAUGAAAGCACCUAUGGAGGUACCACGCUGCUGCCAUGCAAGCUCAGUCAUCGAUGGAAAGAUCCUCGUUUCAGGAGGCUACAUCAACAACGCCUACUCCAGGGCUGUUUGCUGGUAUGAUCCAUCCACUGACUCCUGGCAGGAUAAGAACAGCCUGAGCUCGCCUCGUGGUUGGCACUGCGCCGCUACAGUGGGAGAUCGUGCCUACGUCAUCGGUGGCAGUCAGCUGGGAGGUCGUGGGGAGAGGGUGGAUGUCCUGGCUGUUGAGUCUUACAUCCCUCACACCGGGCAGUGGAGCUACUGCGCUCCUCUACACACAGGCGUGAGCACGGCCGGCGUUGCCGUUUUGAACAGCAAGAUGUAUCUCCUUGGUGGUUGGAAUGAGGGUGAGAAAAAAUACAAGAAAUGCAUUCAGGUGUACAAUGCUGACCUCAAUGAAUGGACUGAGGAGGACGAGUUACCGGAAGCAACAGUUGGCAUUUCGUGCUGUGUGGUCACCAUCCCCACUCGAAAAACAACACGAGAGUCUAGAGCAAGCUCAGUUUCAUCAGCGCCAGUCAGUAUAUAAGCAGUGAAAUCCUAAUGAUGAUGUAGUUUACAUGCUUCCAGGCCUCGAGUGUCUAUGUAAGCUUUUGAUUAGAUAUCUGUUAAAAUCCCUGUGGUGAUCACAAGAAAGAUAUUUACAGGUUCUUUGCACAUAGGCAGUGGCGCGGGAAGUGGGGUGCUGAGGAUGCUGCAGAACCCCCUGGUGUUGGGGAGAAAAAAAGUUCCAGUGGAUUAAUUUUGUAAAAAAAUUUUUUUUUUUUAAACAUUGAAAAAAUAGCGUAUUUAACUUUGGGUAUUAAUAAUAUAUGUUGAAAAAGUUUUUCUUAAUUACAUUGUCACCACCUGACAGAUCACUUGCUAACGUGUUGAAUAAGGCACUAUUGGAAGUGAAAAGUUUACUGCUGGCAGAGGAGGCAUUAACAUGGCGCAGAAACAAUUUUUUUCUUUACAAAAACAGUGAAAUUUUCAACAAUUCAAUUCCAGUUCAAAAAUGAAGAUGAUGAUAGUUCUAGAAUACUGCCCAGUGAGGAAAAGUUAACUGAAGAUUUAGAUGUACAAUUGACCUGUGACCUUUUAGUUUUCAAAUGUGUUAGUGUGUAUUGCGCCGUCCAGCUGCGGGGAUUUGCAUUAUAAUACACGGACACUUUUAUUUCCAAUGCAAAAACUGCAACACACAAUGUACGUGAAAAAGAAUGCUGUCUUCGUAGUAGCCUAGUAGUAGUACAUAAACUAUCCAGCAUGCUUGUGUAAUGCAAUGUGCACACCUUGUAUGGAGAAAACGAGCUAGCGAGACAAAUUUGGACCGAAAUGGCUGUUUUGGGAUGGGAAAAACUGAAAAAGAUCCUCAGCACUCCCUGCUGUCAGUAACUUCCAGUGCCCCUGCAUAGGUACAAAUUGAACCAUUUAAAGUUAAGGUUUGGCAGCUAGGUGUUAUAUUCUGCAUCAUUAAGGGUUUAUUAUGUUUAUGAUACAGACAAAUGGCAUGGCUCCAGGAUAUCCGUCACAACAAUGAGAGAAGCAUUUUUCUAUGGGGCCAAUUCAGAUGUUAGCAUUUAAUAUGCCCUCAUUGUGUUGUGUAAAAAAUGUCUUUAAAGCUAAAUUAA